UUAGUUCCACAUUCGAACUGGAAAUUUCUCUGAUCAUUUUUUUUUAGAUAUAUGCUUCAUUGCUUCAAAUCUUUUCUACAGCUAUACAGCGUCAUUCGCAUUAUUACGCAUUAUUACGUGCAAGUGAGCACCAUUUCCCUCACAUCAUUUGAUUGAGAAGGUUAAGCUGAAAAAAAUUAAUAGAUUAUAUUAGAGCAAUAAAAUUUAUGGGCUUCGAAAAAUUUCUUGUUAAUAUAUUUUAGGAAAAGUGACGAAACGCAACGUGGCAAAAUACAAUUUUUUGUUUUUUUAAAGAGACGCCAAAAGUCUCACAACUACGGGCAGAAGCCUCAUCUGUUUUACUAGCGCCAUUUUUGAUAAUAUUAACAUUUUAACAAAAUAAGUUAAUCAUCAAACAAGAAUAGUCAGAAAGUAAUGUUAAUAAUAAUUUUGUUUAUUAUCAAAUAUUUAUUUUGAAAGAAUAAGAAGAUAAAUUCAAUGUGAAUUAACAAAUAUAAAUUUGUCCGCGGCGCCAUCUAUGAGUCACAGUUAACACUUGCCGAUGACGCUCCUUCAAAAACAACAUCAGCCCGCCUGUUGCUUCUCUCUGAAAAAGUUUCUUUUCACAAUAUCCUUGUUUCUUGUUUUUUACUGAAAAAAGAAUCACAUGCUGUUAUCGUGGUGAAUUUUUCAGGAUUCUUAAUCUGCUGUUAAACUUCCAAAAAAGUCCAUGGAUCACGUCUUGUGAGUGAAUCCUUCUUAGUGCAACAAUACCAAAAAAGGACAAAGUGAAGCGUCUAACCCAAUGUCCAAGCAGGUGCAAUUUGAUGAAGUUCUAAACUUGCCUCCUCCCCCAAUUACAUCGAAAAGCAAUUUUUUAUCCUCAGACAAAUGGACUCGAAAUUUGUAACUCCGAGGCCUGUCCCCCAGUUCAAUCUCAUAAAUACAUUUUCCACAAAAAAGGAAAGGACACUACCUGGCCAUAAAAAACGGGCACCACCAACACCUACGCCGAUUAUUUCGGCCUAUUAUAGUUGCCCUGGCCCCCAAAAAGCUCACACAAUCUCGUUCAAGUCAAAAUCGGAUUCUGCGCUGAUUAGUAGCCCACAUUACAAUCUGUCGAAGGAAGACACGUUCUUUCGCCAAUGUUUUGAAAUCGAGGCCAACAUCGGCUCUGGAUCUUUCGGCGACGUGUUUCGUGUUCGCAGCAAAGAAGAUGGUCGAAUGUACGCCGUCAAGCGAUCACGAGUGCCGUUUCGCGGGACUACAGAUCGUAAAGAAAAGCUGGAGGAAGUUCGAAAAAUGGAGUCCCUCCCUCACCACCCCAAUUGCGUUCGUUUUUAUCAGGCGUGGGAGGAGAACCAAUUUCUCUAUAUUCAGCUUGAGCUUUGUCAGUCCAGUCUGAGUGAGAUUUCUGAAGAGCAGCAUGAGCUACCAGAGCACCUUAUCUGGGACUACAUGAUUGACUUGCUCUUGGCAAUUCAACAUUUGCAUGACAAUGACUUAAUUCACAUGGAUGUUAAACCUGAGAAUAUUUUAUUAUCAAUGGAAGGUGUUUGUAAGCUCGGGGAUUUUGGGCUCGUUGUUAACCUCAAAGAAAAUCUGUUUGACGCCACCGAGGGAGAUUCAAAGUACUUGGCUCCCGAAGUCCUGGGAGGAAUUUUCUCUAAAAAAGCAGACAUUUUCAGCCUGGGAAUUACGCUGCUCGAACUGGCCUGUGAUCUUGACCUGCCGGCCAACGGCACUUUGUGGCACGAACUGAGACAUGGUUCUCUUCCACCCACCAUCACCAGACCAGACUUAUCCAAAGAUCUGAGUGCCGUGAUGGAAAUGAUGAUGAAUCCAGACGCUUCUAACCGUCCGUCAGCCUCUCAACUUCUGGAGCAUCCUUUGCUGCGUUCCAGAAGGCGAUGGAGGUGCCUUAAACUGGGCUGGCAAAACGCCCGCCUUUCAUUCCGCGCCAAUUUGGUUGAGCUAUUCUUCCGAUUAUUCCAGCUCUUUUUGCUCAUCUUCUUGCCCAUACGCGCUCUGGCGCGUAAAUGGCGCAAACCGGACUUUGGGUCGAAGCCGUCCACGCCUGUCACACACCGGCCACAACCCUGCAACUUCGCCAACGACUUUUCGUUCUCUGACGAUGAAGUGAGUGAUUUAUCUUCUGCAGUAAUUAGUGGAAAUGACAGCACUCUUGGGCGUCCUCUUAAUGACAGUUCACCUUUGCCACAAAACAAUAGCAUCGAACAUAGGGCUGAUGAGCAACCAGUAAGUUCUACACCUUUGGUGUUGCGUGGCGGUCGUUCUUCACGCCAUUCUUCUCUAAGAAGAUCCAUCUUCAGUCGUCCGACUGAUCACGACUCGGCUGAUGAUCCGCCUUCUAAUAAUAUGUCCUAUGUCACACCCAACAAACCGAUUCCACGGAAGUUGAACGAUUACUUUGACGCAAUCGCAUCGGAUUCGGAUUGAUUCACAUGCUAGUGAAGGAAACAAAUUUGGUGUGGGAAAAUAAUCGUAAACAAAUAUAUACAUUUCUAGCGUUUAGUAAUCUAGUCGCUCGUGUGUUUCGCCCGUUCCUUGCUAUUUAUAAUCGCCCAAUGGUUCAUCAUAUUUUUUUAAUAUGUUAACUUAGACUUUAUAAUAAUCAGUGCUUCAUUGUAAGAAAAAAGUGAACGAAAAAUCAUCAACAUUACCGGAAGUUUGCAAAUACACGUUUUUAAACCGUUA